AUGGCAAACGUACCUACAACUGAAAAGAAAUUGGAUAUUAUUGAUCUCGCCCGGGGCUUGAACCACACCCCUUGGUGCGAGGACUACGAGCGCAUGAUUUCUGGGAUGCUGUACAACCCAAAUUCGCCCAAAUUGACCGAAGCCCGUCACCGAGCACGAUGCUUCACGCAAGACUACAACAACUUCCCCGCCAAAUCGGUGACUUAUGACAAGCUUACAGAGGCACGGCUAGAGGUUUUGAAGAAGUUAGUUGGGAAAGUGGGAAAGGACACGCUCGUUGAGCCACCGUUUACUCCGGAUUAUGGAUGCAAUAUAGUGAUUGGGGAGGAGACUGCCAUUAAUUUCAAUUUUACCGUUCUCGAUACGUCUCUAGUCAUCAUAGGCGACCGGGUUCAAAUUGGCCCCAACGUCAGUGUCUACACGGUUACCCACGAUACCUCUGUCCUAUCGCGGAGAAAAUACGUCGAAUUCGGACAUCCUGUGCGUAUAGGCGACGAUUGUUGGAUUGGGGGAAAUGCCAUCAUCCUCCCGGGAGUGACAAUCGGCGAGGGGUCGACUAUUGCGGCUGGGUCGAUUGUCACUAGGGAUAUCCCCCCGUUUUCUGUGGCCAUGGGAAGUCCAUGUCGGGUCAAGAGAACAGUGAAAUCUGCUGAAGAGGAAGAACAGGAUCCAGAAAACGUGUACAGGAACCUGCCAGGAAGAUUUGAUUGCUAG